AUGUUUAACAGCGGUUUAAUUGAAGUUGAAGACAAGAUCAUCUCUCUUUCAGAAAAAAAUCUGACUUCAUUUGGGCUAAAUUCACCGGUUCGAGAUGAACUCUGUACUAAAGAUUCUUUUGAACAUUCCAUCAGAAAUGGUUAUGAUUAUAACUAUUUAUUUAACUACGUUGAGCAAAAUCUUCCAAAGUUGGUUCCAGACCAACGACAAGCUUUUAAUCGUAUAAUUGAUAGUGUCUUAAAUAGUUGUGGAAAAGUCUUUUUCCUGGAUGCUCUUGGAGGCCCUGGAAAAACAUUCUUAAUUAAUCUUAUGUUGACCCAAGCAAGAUCGGCUGAAAAACUGUCCCUUGCUGUCGCAUCUUCUGGCGUUGCUGCCACUCUCGUGAGUGGAGGUAGAACAGCUCACUCCACUUUUAAACUUCCAUUAUAUGUUUUUUCUGGAGAAGAUUACACGUGCCCGAUACGCAAAAAUGGUCCACUUGCAAAAAUUCUUCAAGAUACAAAAUUUAUUGUAUGGGAUGAGUGCAUAAUGAGUCACAGAGCUCACAUUGAAGCAAUUAAUAGAACAUAG